AUAGCUACUGUCUGGCAGCUCUUAAAUAUCGAGAAAAGCGGUUUUGAGUUUUGGACCAUAUUUACCAUCUUUCUUUUGUUGCUUGAUAGGCAAGGCGUAAAGAAUGGCAGCACAUAAAUCUUUCAGGAUUAAGCAAAAACUUGCUAAAAAACUGAAGCAAAAUCGUUCAGUUCCUCAAUGGAUUCGCUUGCGAACAGGAAACACCAUUAGAUACAAUGCUAAGAGACGUCACUGGAGACGUACCAAGUUGAAGUUGUAAACAGAUUAGCCACUAUACAUGUUAGUCUUUUGAGCAAGCAGUGCAACUUCAAUAAAAUUGUAAUAAAAUAAAA